GGCUACAAUGGGAGCUUCGUUGAGAAUGGUGAAUAGUUAAGGGAGCAGUAAAUGAGAACACAGCAGAAGUUGAUUCCAAAGAAGACACCAAUCACUUGGAUAAGCAGGCUGAGAUGGGAUUUCAUCAGAGACACCCUGAUCGAAGUCGGUCUCCCAAGCACUUGGAUAAGCAGGAUUAUGACUUGUGUGGAGGAAAACAAGAUGAGGAUCAACUGGAACGGAAAGCUUACGGAUCCUAUCACGCCGUCAAGAGGAGUUCGACAGGGAGACCCCUUAUCCCCGUACCUUUUUGUUCUCUGUAUGGAGCGUCUCGCUCACAGAAUUGAGAUUGCAGUAGCAGACCGACAAUGGAAACCGCUUUCUGUUACAUCUCAUGGUUUUAAAUUGUCUCACCUCUUCUUUGCAGAUGACCUCAUUCUUUUUGCAGAGGCCGGGAGCAAACAGAUUGAUAUCAUUAAACAAUGCUUGGAGGACUUCUGCUCCAGCUCUGGUCAGAAAGUCAAUCUGAAUAAAUCAGUCCUCUAUGUGUCUCCCAACAUCAGAAGGGAUAUGGCCCAAAAUCUCAGCAACCGAGCUAAUAUUCCUCUUACUGCGGAUCUGGGACGAUACUUGGGUCUGAAUGCUAUCCAUGGCCGCGUGACCAAAACUCGCUAUAAAGAGCUGGUUCUCCGUAUUCAAAAGAAGCUGGCUACUUGGAAAUCUAACUGCCUCUCUCUUGCCUCUCGGAUUACCAUGGUGAGAUCUGUUGCCUCUUCUAUGGCUGUUUAUCCUAUGUUUUCAGAACUCCUCCCGGCUUCUGUUUGCAAUGAUUUGGACAGGAUCAACAGACAAUUUAUUUGGGGAGAAGAAGAUGGGAAAUCGAAAUUCCACCCGGUGGCUUGGGAGCUGAUGACGACGCCCAAAUCUCAAGGAGGUAUCGGUAUACGCCCUACAAAGCUAGCUAACCAAGCGAUGCUAGCUAAAGGUGGUUGGAAGCUCACUACAAGAGAAGACUCCCUCUGGACAAAGCUUCUCUUGGAAAAAUAUGGAGGAAACAGGGAGGGGAUCAACAUCUUGCAGAAAAAACAGGGAAGUUCUCUCGCAUGGAGAAGCUUUGUUUCUACCGCUAAUUUGCUUAAGAAAGGGCUGGCUAUUAACGUUAAAAGCGGCAGAAACACUCAUUUUUGGCUUGAUCCUUGGAUCUUGCAGGUACCCCUUAUUGAACGUGCUGUCGCUGAUGUCUCUGAAGAUCAGAAACACAAGACAGUGGCCGACAUGUGGGAUCCUGAAAGCGGCUGGAGAAUGGAGGAAUUUCAUCAUCUGCUUCCAAACCAGAUCACAGACAAAAUCAGGGCGACUCCUAUUGAUCCUCUAGCUAUGGAAGAAGACCGAAGCUUUUGGAGCCUCACGACGAAUGGACAUUUCUCUGUUCAGUCAGCUUACAAGGCCAUUCUUCAACAACAGGAACAACAACCAAGCCAAAUCUGGAAGCGAAUCUGGAAACUUCAGGUGCCAGAACGUGUUAGAGUCUUUGUUUGGAUGGCAGCUCAUGGAAAAAUCACCACGAACAGUGUAAGGAAGCACAGACACCUAGCCCAAGAUGAUUCUUGUCCGGACUGCCCUGGGGCUCCGGAAACUGUCCUUCACUGUCUCCGGGAUUGCCAUAGAGUCAAAGUAGUCUGGAACAGGACUGUGGAGCAGCAGAAUCAGGCUGAGUUCUAUAACAUGUCUCACGAAGCCUGGUUCAAAGAGAACCUGAAGGAUGACUCCACGGGGAGCUGGACGGGCAAUUGGAACAGUUUCUUUAGCUUGAUGAUCUGGUACAUUUGGAAGUGCAGAAACGAGAACAUCUUUAGGGGUAUCAAACUCUCUAUUCCCACGUUCUGUCACUAUGUUACUGCCAAAGCUACUGAUUGGGCGAAAACCUGGGACUCAGCCAGCAAGACCCUCUCUACCAGCAGCCCUCAUCGUAGGGAAGAAGUUUUAGUUGGCUGGUCAAAGCCUCCUGUUGGUUGGCACAAACUCAACACUGACGGAGCUGCUCAGGGUCAUCAGGGGAUUGUCUCUACAGGGGGAGCUCUUCGCGAUCAUGACGGAAUGUGGACAGGAGGUUUCAUCAGUAAAUUAGGCUCAGGUUCAGCUAUUUUGGCAGAGCUGUGGGGUAUUCUAAAAGGCCUUGAGCUCGCCUGGAAGAAAGGUUCGCGUUUUCUGAUCCUUGAGUCGGACUCUCAGCUUGCUCUCCAUCUGAUUGAAAAAAGAACUGACAAUGUUCACCCUCACUCGACGAUCUUAGGAGCUAUUAGGCGCUUGCUUGCUAAAGAAUGGGUGGUUCGUCUGGUUCAUACGUACCGUGAAGGGAAUAGAGUCGCGGACUGGCUCUCGAAGCACAGUCUCAUCUAUCCCUUUGGUACGUUUGAAUUGGAUGAUCCUCCAUCAGAACUGAAUCGAAUCUGCUGUGAAGAUAUGCUCAGAGUUAGCUUCCCUCGGCAAGUGCCUCAGAGGGAUGCCCCUUGACCUCCUCGCGUCGUUGGCUUUCCCUGCUUUGUCUAGCAUCUGCUCGUGGUUGGUUUGUUAGGUGACCUUCUCUCUUUUGUGUUAGCCCUGGGGCCUUUGUAAUCUUGGCAGUUUCUGCCUCCCUCUCAUCAAAAAAAAAAAAGAAGACAC